UGAUUGGUCUAUUCGCGACACAGGAAGUGUGGAGGUAAACAGAAGCGACGGUGUUUCCAUGGAAAUAUUUUAUACUUUCUGCAGCUUGUAUCUUGUUGCAAAUCAGUAUAUUUUCAGAACUACGCAGUUGGUUCCAGCAUUCGAUUGUUUUAUGAGCUACAGGCAGUGUGAGAGGUGAGGAUGGCCGAUGUGGUGUUAGGCGUUGGGACAGGUGUGCUUAUCAUCGCUUUAAUCUGGAUAGUGACUCUCGCGCUCACCAUCGUUCUGUCGCGCGCAACCGGCCCAACAAAGUUAGGAAUCAUUCCUAUAUUUCUUGUGGCGCUCACCGUCACACUGGUUUUAGUGUUCUUCCCGCGCGCCCCUGAAGUUCCCUCUCCUGAGAAAGCAGUUCAGAUAGUGGAUAUGUUCUUCAUCGGCCGCUACGUGCUUCUGUCCUUGGUGAGCGUGGUGUUCUUGGCAGCCCUGUUCAUGUUGCUGCCCUUACAUUUCCUGGAGCCCGUGUAUGCCAAGCCGCUGAAAACACACUAGACCAUGAGGCUUCAUGUGCCAAACUCCUACAGAUAUCCCAAAGCGGGGCGGCCAACCUGGCAGCGCCGUCGAUCAACGAGCCCCACUUGAGAUGAGAGGACAGCAGAAGGUUCCAGGGCUUUUGUCUUCUUGUCCAAAUCAGAGAUGUCCACAUCUCUCUGAGAGCGCAGCACAGAGGGGUCUGAAUGCAGCAUGUGCAGUGCUAACGUUUUCAGAAGGGUGUGGUUGGGUAAAGUUUUGUAUGUCAGAUAAUUGGAAAAUUAAGUUUGUUUUUCUGCGCCUUUUUUGUCAUUUUAAAUGUAGUGUAUGUUGAAAAUAAUGAAUACAUCUUAUUUUUAUGUCAAACUUUUUUAGUAUGUUUGUUUCUUUAAUUAGUGGUGUUUGCUAAGGAGAGCAUUAGGAUUAGGGUUUUUUUUCACAGUGACCUAGUCAUCGAUUCCUUCAGACUGGUUUUGUGAACUGAUUAAGUCAAUGAGUCAAACUCAAUCACCAGUUAAGUCUGAUUCAUGAGUGACAACUUGAUCAAAUCAUUCAUUGAAAUGAUCUGAUGCAAAACAAAAGAUUAGUUCCCCAAUCCAACAUCAUAAGCAUCACUAUUGCUCACUAUAGUUUUUUAUUUAUUUUUUUUUUACUAUUGCUCAUAUUUGGAGCAUACAGCGAUUGUGGGUUUUUUUUUUCUUCAACUUUGAUCCGUAACUCACCCAUAACCUGGCAUCUCAAAUUAUGUGGCUCAUUGAGGAAAGGUGCUGUUUUACUUUUCGAAGUGAUUAGACAUACUUUUUUUCUUGUGGAUGAUAAAAAGGAAAAUCCCAUUUAAUAAUGCCAAAUGUCGAGAGCACAUUAUUGUAAUGUACCUUCUUAAAAAAUGCUCUUUAUUGGCAUUUAACAUCUAUGGAACAUGCAUCCGUUACACAAAAGGUUCUUUAGCUUAUUAAAAUUUUCUUUGCACUAAGAAAAAUGGUUAAGAAAUGUUCACUGAAAGGUUCUUUGGGGAACUUAAAAUCGUUCUUCUAUGGCAUCAAAUCCCUCUUUUGGACCCUUUAUUUCUAAGAACAUGAUACACAAACUCCUUAAUAUACAGUGCUCUCUUAUGAUUUUCUUCUUCUCUUUCUUAGGUGUUGCAUGUGUGUACUCAAACUGUGUCCUGUGCAUUUGUCCAUGCUUUUGCGAUAAAAUUAUUUUUGCUCCUUAUAAAAGGUUUUCACAAGAGAUCAAUGAAAAUACUACUUUUUACUGUUUAACUUGUUGGUUGAGAGUGAACUACAUCUGGAAUUCUUCAACAAUCAAAAAUGGAUCUUUAAUUUAUUUACAAUUAAAUAUCAUUUAAAAACAUUAUUUUAUCAUAUAAAUGUGCAGGGUGAUGGUUUUGAUAUAAAUGACCUAUAGUCUAUCUAAUUGCUUCACGAAACCAUCAAUUUUACACUGCAAAAUGCAGUUCGGUCGUAAUAACUGCAUAUUUUCAGUGCCUUUGCUGCAUGAAAUCACAUUCUAAUACCCCAGUCCAUUAAUUAGUUAUCUGCAAACUCAAAUUCAAACUCAAUUUCACUCAUUCACAGCUAAAACCAGACAAAUUUCAUUUUCUUGGUCCCAUAUUGACAUGCUAAUUUUGGCCUUAUGGAAGCAUUCUUUAAGACACUGUCUCACUCUCCCCACAAUACCACAAAGACGCAGGGAGCAAAGUUGGGCGGUCCAACAAAGCUUCAAGCUGCGCGAGUUGAUUAUUUUGUUCUUAACAAGGCGAAUACUCUGUGUGGGUCCUUUGUUGCCUCAGACGUGUACUUUCAUUUUCAUAAAUCUCUCUUGGAGGCAAACUUCACAGGGGAAGAUGGAGGUCAUUAUUGCUUCUUAUUUUCACAGGCAUGUUGUACAUAUGUGGUGUGAUCCUUACAGCAUGAAGACAAUAAAUAACAAGCUCCAAGCUGGAUAUGAAACAUGUUAGCUGCGGUUUCACCUGCUAAAAAGUCAUAAGUAGCCGAUCAAACGUGUGUGACAAAUGCAACAAGACAUUAAUAGUCCAGAGCAGAAUCUAUACGUUUGUCCAUUACAAAGCAGCCUACUUAGUUUUGGUCAUGCAGAAAAACUUGGAAUAUCCGGGAACCUAUCCCAAAUACUCAUAUAUCCGGAGGUUCUUACACAGAGAGAUUGUGGGAAUGUGAGCAAGAAGCGAGGCGAGGCCAUGUCUCAGUUGCGCUAGCUCUCACCCCUCAGGUCUUCGUGCGAUCCUUAUUUAAAAGUGGGGAGUCUGACGGGACGUGCAGUGAAAUUCCAACCAGUGCGAUGAAAGAGAAUCUAAUGAAUCAAAUCCAAUCCUAUUAGUUCCGGCCCACAUCGCAACACUGAGGCCUUUCUGCUUGCUGAUCAGCGAAGAUCUACCAGAGCUUGAGAAACAGGGUACUGGACGGAUGGACUGGUACAUGAAAUGGGUUGUGUAAUCAACCCAAAGGAUCACAGACACAUUGAACGGUGUCUAUGUGUACGAUAUAAUAAAAUACAAAAGACAGUGACCUUGAGAAAUGGAUUUUUUUAGAAAAGCAAUCAGUUUGAAAGGCACCAUUUUUUAGGAGAUCUUCUAAAACGAGUAUGUCUAUGGAAGGUUUGCGAAAGAAAAUCAGGUAGAAGUCAUGUAAAUACUAUCACAUGAUAAUCGAUGUUUUAGGUAUCAUAUAAAGUAAGGACAAUAGAAAUAAGGAAGCUCAGAGUUGCCAGCGAAGAGGAAGUUGCAUAGCUGCUGAAGGUGGCUGAGAAAUGCAAUUCGCUAAUGUACCGCUCUGUAAUCCAUGACUGCAAAGACACUUGACUUAUUUUUGUUUCCUUUCCAUCUCUUCUUGUCCUUCUCUCUGUCAUUUUCCCUUAUCCCUUCUUGUUGUCCGUGCUGGUAGUGACUCUCUCUCUCUCCAGGGAGUGGGAAAAACGGCAGAACAAAGCAUCGGAGGGAGCAGGGCUCAUUGGGAGUCUGAGCUGGAGGCUUUGUAGGGCAGCCAGCUGGACAUACAAAGAGAGUAAGAACGAGAGAGAGACAGAAAGAAAGCAAAAGGGGGAUGCUGAGCCGGAGAGGUAUAAGCGCGACCCAGGAUAUGGGUGUGGGUGCUGCCGAGGCUCGCGGGAGAGGGGGAGGGAUGAGGAGUGGAACGGCGUGAACACUAGAUCCUGCUUUGUGAUCCACUCAUGCAGAACUUUUGCCCUCACACCCCUGGCCUUCUAUUCUCCAGCUCUGAGCUCUGCAUGCCCACCCUUCACCCCUCGCACCCCCAUCUCCAUCCCUGAGAAUUUUUAAUCUAAUCAGUGUUGGAUAAAUGUUACUCGUAUCAAUUGUUCCAUUUUAGAAUCUGUUAAGGAUUCCUAAAAAGAAUGGUGCAAGCAUCAACAGAACUCCUGUUGGUUGUUGUCAGAUGCAAAAUGUCUGAGGUCGGUUAUAGGUGCAAGGUCAGGUAAGGGUCAAAUGCGGGUGCUAAACUGGAAGUCAAACAAAAUUAAAUGAUUUUACAGUAAACUAAAAUAUUAGGAAUGUGUUUUGUGGAUGUGCAAAUUCAACUGCAAGGGUGCUGAAAAAUAAAGACAUUUCGCAGUUGAAAGAUAAAGACAUGAAUAUUUUUAAUAUUAGUAUAUUUAUAAUGUUUUAUAUUUUAAAAUCAAUUUAAAAAUUAUUUGACAUUUUAUUACCUUCAAGCGUGAAUAUUUGUUGUGAAUUUUUUGGGCAAGUUUUUGAUUUGAAACACUGCAUUCCGAUGGACCUAUUCAGUCCGAAGGAAAAAUUCACCCCAACAAUAUUUUUAUUAUUUUUAUCUAUAUUUUAUCUAAAGAGGGAAAUAUUUGUUGUGAAUAAUGACAGCUAACAUUUUCCUGACUUCCUGUUUUGUUUUUUAUUUUAUUUCAUUCACACCAAGAGUAAGUAUUUGUUAUUGUGUAUUUGUAUUUGGAAUACUGGCAGCAAAAAAGUCUUGUGUAUGUUUUGAAACACUGCAUUCAUCCAACAAUAGAACAAUUUUUUUUAAGUAUUGCAUUUUUGUUUUCUUUUCAACCAAUGAAACUUACAGACCAAGAUAUAAGCUUUUGUUUUGCUUUGAUUCCAGGGUUAUCAUUCUCUACAUAUCCACUAUCCUAACUUUCUUUAUGAUGGCAUAAGAGUCUCAUUUUUUUUUUCUACCUACUUUUUUC